AGAGAGGGCGGGCUGGGGUCAGCUGCUGCAGGCGGGCAGGCGCAUCUCCUGCCGCCGCCCUCUCUCCGCCACGAUGCCGGGGAUCGACAAGCUGCCCAUCGAAGAGACGCUGGAGGACAGCCCGCAGACAAGGUCUUUACUGGGUGUAUUUGAAGAAGAUGCUACAGCUAUUUCCAACUAUAUGAACCAGUUGUAUCAGGCUAUGCGUCGGAUUUAUGAUGCACAGAAUGAAUUAAGUGCAGCAACACACCUGACUUCAAAACUUUUAAAAGAAUAUGAAAAACAGCGUUUUCCGCUGGGGGGUGAUGAUGAAGUUAUGAGCUCUACUUUGCAACAGUUUUCAAAAGUUAUAGAUGAGCUUAGCUCUUGUCAUGCGGUACUUUCAACGCAGCUUGCUGAUGCCAUGAUGUUCCCCAUUACCCAGUUUAAAGAAAGAGAUCUGAAAGAAAUAUUGACGUUAAAGGAAGUGUUUCAGAUUGCUAGUAAUGAUCAUGAUGCUGCAAUUAACAGAUACAGCCGAUUAUCAAAAAAAAGAGAAAAUGACAAGGUGAAGUAUGAAGUAAUAGAAGAUGUCUACACUGCCAGAAAAAAACAACACCAGACCAUGAUGCAUUAUUUUUGUGCAUUAAAUACUCUUCAGUACAAAAAGAAAAUAGCAUUGUUAGAACCUCUACUUGGGUAUAUGCAAGCUCAGAUAAGUUUCUUUAAGAUGGGUUCUGAAAACCUCAAUGAACAACUGGAAGAAUUCUUAACUAAUAUUGGAACGAGUGUACAGAAUGUUCGCAGGGAAAUGGACAGUGAUGUAGAGACCAUGCAGCAGACAAUAGAGGAUUUGGAAGUAGCCAGUGACCCCUUAUAUGUGCCUGACCCAGAUCCCACGAAAUUUCCUGUUAAUCGAAACUUAACUCGAAAGGCUGGAUACCUUAAUGCUAGGAAUAAAACAGGCUUGGUGUCAUCUACCUGGGACAGACAGUUUUACUUCACGCAGGGUGGAAACUUAAUGAGUCAGGCCCGUGGGGACGUCGCGGGAGGCUUGGCCAUGGACAUAGACAACUGUUCAGUGAUGGCUGUGGACUGUGAAGACAGGCGAUACUGUUUUCAGAUCACCUCUUUUGAUGGAAAAAAAUCUUCAAUUUUGCAAGCAGAGAGUAAAAAAGACCAUGAAGAGUGGAUCUGCACAAUAAACAACAUAUCUAAACAAAUAUAUUUAAGUGAAAAUCCAGAGGAAAUUGCUGCACGAGUAAAUCAGUCAGCUUUGGAAGCUGUCACUCCUUCCCCAUCUUUCCAGCAACGGCACGAGAGCCUUCGGCCAGCAGGACAAUCUCGGCCACCGACAGCUCGAACCAGCAGUUCAGGAUCCUUAGGAUCUGAAUCCACAAAUUUGGCUGCCCUUUCUCUAGAUUCUCUUGUUGCCCCAGACACCCCAAUACAGUUUGACAUCAUUUCUCCUGUCUGUGAAGAUCAGCCUGGCCAGGCGAAAGCCUCUGGCCAGGGAAACAGGCGUACAAAUCCAUUUGGAGAAUCUGGAGGAGGUACAAAAUCUGAAACUGAAGAUUCUAUUCUUCAUCAGUUAUUUAUUGUCCGAUUCCUUGGUUCUAUGGAGGUGAAAUCAGACGACAAUCCAGAUGUUGUUUAUGAAACAAUGCGCCAAAUCUUGGCUGCCCGGGCCAUCCAUAACAUCUUUCGUAUGACAGAAUCACAUUUAUUAGUCACUUGUGAUUGUUUAAAGUUAAUUGAUCCACAGACACAAGUUACAAGGCUCACGUUUCCAUUACCCAGUGUAGUUUUGUAUGCUACACACCAGGAAAAUAAGAGGCUUUUUGGAUUUGUUCUUCGGACAUCAGGAGGGAGAAGUGAAAGUAAUCUGUCAUCAGUCUGUUAUAUAUUUGAAUCAAACAAUGAGGGAGAAAAGAUUUGUGAUUCUGUUGGACUAGCAAAACAGAUAGCUUUGCAUGCCGAACUGGAUCGUAGGGCAUCAGAAAAACAAAAAGAAAUAGAGAGAGUAAAAGAGAAGCAACAGAAAGAACUCAGUAAACAAAAACAAAUUGAAAAGGACUUAGAAGAACAAAGUCGGUUGAUAGCUGCUUCCAGUAGACCAAACCAAGCCGGUAGUGAGGGGCAGUUUGUUGUCCUUACCAGUAGCCAGUCAGAAGAGAGUGAUUUGGGAGAAGAAGGAAAGAGAGAGUCAGAAGCAUAAACUUAUCCUUGUUUUUGGUUGAUACUCCCCCCUUGGAAUUUAUUGAUAAUUUCUGUGAUGAAAUGGCACAAGGUAACAACUAUGUUGAAAUACCAAGGAGGAGACUAAAGUUUAUAUUGCUUGUUUGUUUUAACUUCAUUUUUUAAAAUAAGAUUGACCUUGAUGACUUAGGUUUGCAUUCAUUUUUUUCCCUUAAAAAUAAUGUACUAUGCAGUAACAUCAAAUUCCACAUGUCUAAAAUAAACCUGUUCAUCUCCCUGAA